AUGAAUAAGACAAUAUUCAGGGUACCUGCGCAUUAUCACCUCACUUUGGCUGUUUGCGUUGCAUCUCUUUUCACUGGUUUCUGUUCCCUCUUUCUCCAUUGGGUGCAUGGCUUCUUCAAAGGCGUGUUCUUACCCAUUACCUUGACUUUCUCUGGGAUGUUUGGCACAUACAGGAGCGGCCUGCAGUGUCUGAGCCGGACUGUUGCUGGCACUCUCGUUAUCUGCCUGCAACAGAUUUCAGUGAUGUCUCCAGGUGAAACGGUGAAAAUACAGUAUCAGCAGUGUCAGACACAGUCCAAGCAAGGACGGCCCAACAUGCUCAAACCCAAGGACCAUGGUCUGGUUAAUUGUUUGCUGGACAUUAUCAAACAGGAGGGGUUCAUGGGGCUCUACAGGGGAGCUUUCCCACUUAUGCUAAGAGAUGGGCUGUCGUUCACCACAUACUUUUUGACUUAUGCCAAUAUCUCUGAAUGGCUGCCAGAUAGCAUGUAUCUUAUUAAGUUCAGUGUCUUUUCAUUGUCUGGUUGGACUGUGGGAGCACCUAUGGAUGUGAUAAAAGCCCAUCUGCAGAUGGAUGGAACAUGGGAGAUAAAAGGAUAUAAGGGAUUUUUCCACUCCAUUACUGAGACAGUGAGGGUGGACAGAGCUGGGGUUUUCUUCUGAAGCUUAGUCAUCAACUGUCUGCUUACAUUUCCUGUUACCAUGGUUGUGCUUGCUACAUAUGAGGUUCCCAGCAGUUUCUUAAGACCAGGCAGUGUUGACCCACCUCACUUUGGUUUUGAAUAG